AUGACUGUAUUCCAUUGUCACAGCUGUCAUGCGCCCAUUGAGUUGGACGAAUCCCUCAAAAAUCUUUCUAAAGUUCAAACCGAUCUCAUCACCAAGAAAGCGAACCAGAUCCCCAAAGUACCAUUAAGUCUGCCUUCAAGACAUAUUCCCCGGAACAGGCUAAACCUCCUAGACGAAGCACUUCGAUCUGGGUCUGGUGACGCCAUCUAUCAUGACAAUGAGAGUGAUUUGGUGAAGGAGGCGCCUCUGUCUUAUGAUUCCAAAUACUCCUACAUCUACGUACCUAAGCACGAGGAGCACGAUUUUGACGAUGAUGGUGGCAAAAGGCAGUUUUUAAGUCCAGAACAUGAAGAUCAGCUUCCAGAUUUCUCACGUAUCAAGUCUUUAGGUCUUGUCUUUGAUAUUCUAUCCGAAAACCAAGACGUUACCCAUCCCAUGAGCGCAGAAUGUGCCCAUCUUCUCAUUAAUAACUACAAAUUCAAGUUUGACCAAAGCCAAAGAGAGAAAGAAUAUUACAUAUCCUUCUUGAAGAAACUCAAAGAAAGAGCGUCAAACUACUCGGCCGAGGUGGAGCUCGAAACCGACUCAAAGCUUUCCGAAGCUGCACAUGAGCUCGAAGAAUACCAUAAUCUCGAGCACGAGAAGCUCAAGGAGCUCGAGGAAUUAGAAAACACUCACGAAAAGCUUCAUGAAGAACUCCAUGAGCUUGAAGAGCAACUUGAGAAGCUCAACUGCGAGAGCCUCAAUGAUGUCCUUCGACUUCGAAACUCGCUCAACAUGGAUUUGUCUAUGAAGCAGAGCCACUUAGAGCACUCGAAGGCUCUAUAUCAGAAACAAUUGGACCAUUUGGACUCACUUCGCACGUUGAAUAUCUAUAAGCGCUUGUUCAACAUACUGUUUGAUGGAGAAGAAUCGUAUGGCAGAAUCAAUGGAUUCCGCCUAGGGUAUUGGGUUCCAUUGCCCGAGGUUAAUGCAGCGCUUGGGCAAGUUGUUCACUUGUUGAAGUUUCUACAGAAAAGGCUCGAUCUCGAGCUUGAGGGAUACAAGUUGGUUGCGAUGGGAUCGAAAUCGUACCUCGUGAAGACGGCUCGAGUGUCUGCAGAAGAAGCGGAAGGUCGCAGGGGUUCUUCCAUACUCCAGCUACACUCUACUAACGAGUUCACAUUAGGAAAACUUUUUAAUUUCAACAAACUUGAUGUUUCGUUAAUAGCCCUUCUUGACAUUGUGAGCCAGUUCGAGGCGAGAAUUAAAGAGCUUGAUGAAGAGUUUGAGCUACCGUAUGCCAUUUCACCAACACACGACAAGAUUGGAGGUAAGAGCAUACGAGUAACACUGAACAGCCGCUGGACGGAAGCAUGCACGUUUCUACUAACCGAUUUGGCGUGGAUGCUUACAUUUGUAAGUGCUCGGAGCGAUCAGUCUACAUAG